AUGUUUGAUACCUUAACAGAACGACUCACGCAGAGUCUCAGAAAUGUUACUGGCUCUGGGCAGCUAACCGAAGAUAAUAUUAAAGAUACCUUACGUGAAGUGCGUAUGGCACUUCUUGAAGCCGAUGUUGCUUUGCCUGUAACUCGUGAGUUUAUUGCGAAAGUUAAGGAAGAAGCAUUGGGUCAAGAAGUCAUGACUCAGCUUUCACCAGGUCAAGCUUUCGUUAAAAUUGUGUAUGACGAACUCACCAAAAUGAUGGGUGAGGCAAACGAAAGCCUAGACUUAGCUGCAAAACCACCUGUUGUGAUUCUUCUCGCAGGUUUACAAGGUGCUGGUAAAACCACGACAGCUGCAAAACUUGGACGUUUCUUAAAAGAACGUCAAAAGAAAAAAGUGGCGAUGGUUUCUGCCGAUGUAUACCGUCCAGCUGCGAUUAAGCAACUUCAAACAGUUGCUGCUGAAGUGGGUGUUGAUUUUAUUGAAUCGGACGCUUCUGAAGAUCCGAUUAAAAUUGCACAACGUGCAAUUGGUCAAGCCAAAAUUAACUUUAACGAUGUUUUGAUUGUCGAUACGGCAGGUCGUUUGCAUGUCGAUGAUGACAUGAUGGACGAAAUUAAAGCAUUACACGCUGCAAUUGGCCCAACAGAAACCUUAUUUGUCGUUGAUGCAAUGACAGGUCAGGAUGCGGCAAAUACCGCUAAAGCCUUUAAUGAUGCAUUACCAUUAACGGGUGUUAUCCUCACCAAAACCGAUGGUGAUGCACGUGGUGGUGCGGCGCUUUCGGUACGUGCGAUUACUGGUAAGCCAAUUAAAUUCUUAGGUAUGGGUGAAAAACUCGAUGCCUUAGAGCCAUUCCAUCCUGAGCGUGUUGCACAACGUAUCUUAGGUAUGGGUGACGUACUUUCUUUAGUCGAAGAAGUUGAACGUAAAAUCGACAAAGAAAAAGCCGAAAAAAUGGCGAAAAAAUUGCAAAAGGGCGGGAGCUUCAACUUUGAAGAUAUGCUGAUGCAAUUUGAACAGAUGAACAAAAUGGGCGGUAUGAUGGGCUUCUUGGAUAAGUUGCCUGGCAUGAGCAAUUCAGGCAUUCAAGAUGCGAUUGCACAAGCAAAUCCUGAAAAGCAAGUGAAAAAGAUGGAAGCGAUUAUUCAAUCGAUGACCAUUAAAGAACGUCGUAACCCAGACUUAAUGAAUCCGAGCCGUAAAAAGCGUAUUGCAGCAGGCUGUGGUAUGGAUGUGGUUGAAGUCAAUAAACUGAUCAAACAACAUGCACAAAUGGCGAAAAUGAUGAAGAAAUUUGCCAAUCCAUCGGGUAUGGCAAAAAUGAUGCGCUCAUUGGGUGGAAUGCAAAAACAGUUUGGCGGUGGCGGCGUAUUUAUCGUACACGGUUAUAAAGGCUCCCCUGAACAUCAUUGGUAUCCGUGGCUAAAGCAACAAGUAUUGUCUACAUGGCAUACAUGUGAAGUGAUUGAUCUAGAACAUCCAGAGCAACCCCAAUAUGAGCUGUGGAAGCAUAAUAUUACGCAGCAAAUUAAGUCACUCAAUGACGAUACCAUCAUUGUGGCACAUGGCUUAGGAGGUGCUUUGUUUUUGGUUGCGGGAUUCAGUAAAAACUUAGCCGUUUUACCUGAACUUAACUUAUUUUUACAACACGCUCGGGUCGAUGAUGCGCUGCUCAGAAUGAAUAUUCUGAAUCGCUUUAUCUUUUUCUCCAACAAUGAUCCUUUUGUGCCAGCGCCUGUGCAGGGCAUUUUAUGGCAACAGAGGGCUAUACCAGCUUAA